AUGAGUGACGAGAUUGAAUACGCUGAAAAGCAAAUCUUCAAUGAAAAGCCUGAUCUUUCAUGGCCAUCUGUAAGACAUUAUCUUGCUACCAGAGCUUCAACUUUAUUCGACUUACCUUAUAAAAAAUCUAAUUUAACUGUUUGGGAAACUUUAAAUCCUAUUCCUGGUUUAAAAGAAGUGACACCUUUGGGUUAUUCCAUGUACUUUUGUGGUUUCACUGCUUGGGUUAUCGAUGCUUUUGAUUUUUUCGCUUGUUCUGUUGCUUUACCUGAAAUUGCUGCUACAUUAAAUGUUUCUAUUACAGAAAUUAGUUGGGGUAUUACAUUGGUUUUAAUGUUAAGAUCUGUUGGUGCGGCUAUUGGAGGUAUCUUAGCGGAUUAUUAUGGAAGAAAAUGGGUAUUCAUAGGUAUUUGUUUUGGAUUUAUAGUCAUUGAAAUAGGAACUGGUUUCGUCAAGACUAACCAACAAUUUUUAGGUGUUAGAGCUGUUUUUGGUGCUUUAAUGGGUGCUAUGUAUGGUGCUGCCAGUACCACUGCUUUAGAAGAUUUACCUCCUAGAGCUAGAUCAGUAUUAUCUGCCUUCUUUUUGGUUGGUUACAAUUUAGGUUAUCUUUUAGCCACUGCCUUUUUCAGAGCUUUUGAACCAACUUAUAAAGAAGGAGAAGGUUGGAGAUCUUUAUUCUGGUUUUCUGCUGGUUUACCAUGUAUUAUCAUUGUAUGGAGAUUCUUCUUACCAGAAACCAGGGCAUUUGUCAAAUUACAACAACAGAAAAAGAUGAUCAAAGCCAAACAAGAAGCUUCUGGAGAACUCAUUAACAGAACAGGUAUCUCCAAAUACAUUGAUCCAGCGGUUGUGAAAACCAUCAAAACUGAAUGGUUAACUUUCAUUUACUUGGUUUUAUUGAUGGCAGGUAUGAAUUUCAGUUCUCAUGGAACCCAAGAUCUUUACCCUACCAUUUUAUCUACCCAAUAUCAAUACGAUUUUGAUACUAGAACAAUUAUCUUAUGUGUAGCUAAUAUUGGUGCUAUGGUAGGAGGGUUCUUAGUUGGUCAAUUAUCCGAAUUAUUAGGUAGAAGAUUAACUAUCAUCAUUUUUAUUAUUAUUGGUGGUGCUUUCUUAUAUCCCGCUUAUAUGGUUGAUCAUGUACCAACUAUUUUGGGUGGUUCAUUCUUCUUGGUAUUUUGUGUUAUGGCCACUUACGGUAUUUCUGUGUGUAUUAUCAUCGAAUUGGUUAACGCCAAUUAUAGAGCUUUCUUGUCGGGUGUGGUAUACCAAUUGGGUAAUUUAGCCUCCAGUGCGUCAUCGACUAUCGAGUCCAAAUUGAGUGAACAGUUCCCCAUUACAACCAAAACUGGUUUACCUUCUCAUAACUAUGCUUUAGUUACUUCCAUUUUCUGUGGUGCUAUCUUUGCUUAUAUCAUUUUAAUUACAUUCUUGGGUUACGAAAGAUUCCAUAGAGAUUUAGAAAUUCAUAGUGAUAUGCAUUCAAUCAGAGAAGUUCAAAGUGAAACCAGUUCUUUGGAUAGUAAGGUUAAAUUGGGACACAUGGAAAAGGUUUAA